AUAUUUAUCAUAAAUGAAUCAAUAGAUGGAGCCAGAACUUCAAUAAAUGAAAGGAUUUUUUAAUCUUAGACCUGAACUGAUUGGAAAGAUAUAUGAUUUUAUUGAAUAUAAAUAGCUUCUAGAAUUUAGAUUUGUAAGCAGAUAAGCUGAUUAAACAGUCUAAUCAAUUUUAUAGAACAGAUUGCACAAAGCAAAUAAGGAAGUAGAAAGACUUGAAGGAUUAAUGGAUCCAAUUAAGUAAUAUGUAUAUGGAGAAUUGGCUGGAGAAUUAAAUAAUGAAUUUAUAACAACAAGAAUGAAUAUCAUUAAUGCUGUAAAUAAAAUGGAUUUCAAAUCAUAAUAAUUUAAGGAUGCCUUUGAGAAGAAUCCUGUAGGACUUAAAAUUACAGAAUAUCUCAAAUUAUUAUUCAAUGAUAAUUAUGAAACUUUAUGGAGAUUCUAAGUUUAAGCUAUCUCUGAGGAAUAAUUUGCUUAAUUACAUUAAAUACUUGAAAUAGAAAAUGAAUUGUAAGGUAGUCCAUAACUUUGUUAAGAAAUGUACAAAGUCUUUUAAGAUAUUAUCAAACUGAGAUCUAUGAGAUUUAUGAAUGGUAAUAAAAUUUUUAUAAAUAGAAUGGCAUAAAUAAUAUAAAAUUGAUGUUGUUUGCGAUUAAUGGCUUGAUAAAAAAGCUAAAAUUGAAGCGAUUCUAGCUCGUAUUAGAUAGACAGAAAUUGAAAAACAAUUUAAAGAUAAAUGAAAAUAUCCAAUAAAUAAGUAUAUCAAUAUUCAG